AUGAAUCCUCAAAUAGCAAAUAGUAUCGAUUCGCUUCAACUCCCAAAACCCUUCUUCUUCACUCAAUUCCCUCAUUCUUCUCUUCCUCAACGCAUUUUCAGUACCAGAUUUCCACGCAACAAUCCUCGCAACUGCAAUCUCAGAAUCACCGCUUCCAAUUCUCUUUCAGUUCCAGAAACAUCCUCCUCCAACGAAGAAGACGCCGAGUCUGCUCAGCUAUUCGAGAAAUUGAAGGAAUCGGAAAGGAAACGGGUGAGUGAGUUGGAAGAAUUUGAGAGAAAGGCUGAUGUUCAGUUAGAUAGGCAGCUUGUUUUGGCUUCUUCAUGGAACAGAGCUUUGUUGAAGUUUCGUGGAAAAUUGAAGGGAACGGAAUGGGAUCCCGAGGAUUCGCACCGGAUUGAUUUUAGUGAUUUUUUGAAACUGCUUGAUACAAAUAAUGUUCAGUUUAUAGAGUACUCUGAUUAUGGACAAAACUUAUCAGUUAUUUUACCACAUUAUAAAAAUGGGAAAACAUCGGGCACUGAAGGGAAUCCUAAGGAUAUUGUUUUCCGGCGUCACAUGGUUGACCGAAUGCCAAUUGAUUGUUGGAAUGAUGUUUGGGGAAAGCUGCAUCAGCAAGUUGUAAAUGUUGAUGUCAUUAAUGUAGAUGCUUUACCCACUGAAGUAUACUCAACGAUGGCAACUGCAGUCGUAUGGUCUAUGCGUCUUGCACUGGCUGUUGGAUUUUAUGUUUGGCUUGAUAGUAAGAUGAGGCCGAUAUAUUCAAAGUUGAUACCUUGUGAUCUGGGAACUCCUCCUACCCCACUAACUAAGUUGCCGGCCUUAAGAAGACAUGCACUUGGUUCUAUAGGCAAGAGUCGGGCUAAAUUUAUAUCUGCAGAAGAAAGAACUGGUGUUACAUUUGAUGAUUUUGCUGGCCAGGAAUAUAUAAAGAGGGAACUACAAGAGAUUGUCCGAAUUUUAAGGAAUGACGAGGAGUUUCAAAACAGAGGAAUUUAUUGCCCAAAAGGUGUACUUCUUCAUGGACCUCCUGGAACUGGUAAAACUUUACUGGCUAAAGCUAUCGCAGGUGAAGCAGGGUUGCCUUUUUUUGCUGCUAGUGGCACAGAUUUUGUUGAGAUGUUUGUAGGGGUUGCUGCAUCCCGUGUUAGAGAUCUUUUUGCAAAUGCAAGAUCAUUUGCGCCUUCUAUAAUCUUUAUUGAUGAGAUUGAUGCUAUUGGUAGCAAGCGUGGAGGACCUGAUAUUGGUGGGGGAGGUGCUGAAAGGGAACAAGGAUUACUUCAGAUACUGACUGAGAUGGACGGAUUCAAAGUUUCCACAGCACAAGUACUUGUGAUAGGUGCUACAAAUAGAUUGGAUAUUAUGGAUCCUGCUCUUUUGAGGAAGGGUCGUUUCGACAAGAUCAUUAGAGUUGGUUUGCCUUUAAGAGACGGAAGAUUUUCCAUUUUGAAGGUGCAUGCUAGGAAUAAGUCUUUUCGCUCAGAAGAAGAAAAAGAUACUCUGCUUAACGAAAUUGCAGAGUUAACAGAAGAUUUUACUGGGGCAGAGCUGCAAAAUAUACUGAAUGAAGCUGGAAUUUUAACUGCCAGGAAGGAUCUGGAUUAUAUUGGGCGUGAUGAGUUGCUUGAGGCAUUAAAAAGGCAAAAAGGAACAUUUGAAACAGGGCAAGAGGACACUACAGAAAUUCCUGAAGAACUGAGACUGAGAUUAGCAUAUAGAGAAGCAGCUGUUGCUGUUCUUGCAUGUUAUUUUCCUGAGCCACUCCGCCCUUUUAUUGAGACUGAUAUAACUUCUAUUGGCAGCCAGUCAAAUAUGUGUUAUAAUGAAGUUUCUGGAAAGGUUUUUUCUAGGAAAUCAGAUUACAUAAACUCUAUAGUGCGUUCUUGUGCUCCAAGAGUAAUUGAGGAGGAGAUGUUCGGGAUAGACAACUUGUGUUGGAUGUCUGCAAAUGCAACAUCAAAAGCUUCAAAGCUUGCAGAAAUUUUGAUUCUGCAGACUGGUAUGACUGCAUUUGGGAAAGCAUAUUACAGAAACAAAGGCGAUCUUGUGUCUAAUCUUGUAACGAAGCUUGAGGCACUCCGAGAUGAGUAUAUGCGUUAUGGUACAGAGAAGUGUUCAUCCGUGCUAAGAGAAUACCAUUCAGCGGUUGAGACAAUCACAGAGAUUUUGCUUGAAAAGGGGAAGAUCAAAGCUGAGGAGAUUUGGCACAUUUAUAAGAGUGCUCCUCGUGUAGCUCAGCCUUCUGUGAGUCCACUUGAUGAAUAUGGAGCACUGAUUUAUGCUGGACGAUGGGGAAUCCAUGGGAUCAGUCUUCCUGGGAGGGUUACAUUUGCACCGGGCAAUGCUGGAUUUUCGACCUUUGGUGCACCACGCCCUGCAGAGACGCAAAUUGUUAAUGAUGAAACAUGGAAGCUAGUAGAUGAUGUCUGGGAUAAAAAGGUUCAGGAUAUUAGAGAUGAAGCUUUAAGGGAGAUUGAAGAAAAGAAAGAAAAGCCACAACUUUUGAUGGCAAGUCAUUUCCUCUGA